AUGCCUCAAUCUGGCAAGCACGCUCUUAUUUUUGGAGCCUCCGGUAUUUCGGGGUGGUCCCUCCUGAAUCAAUGCCUCCACUACCCAACACCUACGACCUUCAACCGCGUCACCGGUCUGUCCAAUCGACCAUUUCCAACCGAGGAUGCACUUUUGCCAGAUGAUGCACGUCUUCGCUUUGUGUCGGGUAUCGACCUUACACAAUCGGUGGAGACUGUUAGCGAUCAUCUCAAAGCCAAGGUUGACGAUAUUGAGUCAGUCAAUGUGGUCUUCUUUUGCGCCUACAUCCAGACAGGCGAUUUCCAGUCCCUACGUCACGUCAACACGGCCCUUCUUAAAACGGCCACAGAAGCCAUCUCUGCCAUUUCACCUCAUCUAGAAGUAAUUAUUCUACAGACCGGUGGCAAAGGCUACGGAUUGGAGUUUCCCAAACAGGUCAAGAUCGAGCCUCCUCUUCGCGAGACCAUGCCCCGGAUCCCGGAACCCUGGCGCAGCAACAUUUUCUACUACGACCAGUACGAUCUUCUACUGAGCCUUUCUAAAGGUCAAAAAUGGACAUUUUCUGAAAUUCGACCGGAUGGGAUUGUUGGCUUCGCCCCCGGGUCUAAUGCUAUGAAUAUGGGAUUCGGCAUUGCAUUCUAUCUCACACUGUAUCGAGAAGUCUACGGAAAAGGUAGCAAGGUUCCUUUCCCUGGUAAGCCGCACGGCUAUCACACACGCCACAGCGACACCUUCCAGGAUAUCCUUGCCAAAAUGGAAAUCUACGCAUCCCUCAAUCGUGAGAAAUGCCCCAACGGGUCAACCUUCAAUUGUGGUGACGGUCAGCCAGUCAGCUGGGCUCAAGUCUGGCCGGGAAUCUGCUCCUACUUUGGCUUAGUUGGUACUGAACCAGAUGGCAAACAGAAAAAAAUGCAGGAUUUUGUUCACGCGAAUUUAACGGUGUGGAAUCGCUUGGUUGAGGCUCAUGGACUGAAAAGGGGCUUGAUCGAGUCUCAAAAUUGGGGUCACGCUCAUUUUAUGCUCGUGGAUUUUGACUUUGAUCGGGAAUAUUCCCUUGAUGCGGCUCGCUCUGUUGGGUUUAACGAGUAUAUUGACACCGUCAAGGGUUACCACAUUACGUUUGACCGGAUGGUGGACGCGAAGUUUAUUCCUUUCUUUUCCUGA